CAGAAUGACACUGGCUAACAGCGGAAGUAGUAUGCUACUCCCUUUGAACAAUUGUGGUUUCGAACUUAUUUACUGGUUCUAUUUUCUAUUCUCUUUUCUUAGAUAAUUUGGUUUUAUGCAGUAUAUGUAUUUUUUGCAUUCUUUAAAAAAUGUUAUGUCCGCGGGCUUUGUCUAACAUAGGUAAUCUUUGUGUGACGCUGUAAUGUUUAGUAUAGAAGUUAACCAAUUUGAGGUUGUUGUUGACGAGCAAGGAGUUGUUGUUAGUCCCAGUAAUCGUCGACGAAGGUAAACCUCACUAACCACAGUUAUAUUUAAUUUAUGAACCCGAAAUGGAUUAUAGUUACAGUCACUGGGAAGCGGUUUAGCUUAGUUAGCCAGUGAGCAGCGUUAUUAUCUUCGUUAUGAUUCAUUUGUGAAAUUGAUCAGUCGAUUCAAUGAUUGAUUGAUUGAUGGGGCUUCUAAGGACGACGAUGCCGCCGAAGGUGCAGCUUCUUGCGGUGUUGGCAUUUGGUGUAGCAAUGCUCCUGAUCGAGAACCAAAUUCAGAAUCUGGAGGAAGCACGAGCUAAACUAGAACAAACCAUAUCCAAACAUGAGAUUGCCGAAGUCGACCAUCGGCACAGCCAAAACAUUGGACGGCAAUUCUCAACACAGGCAGAGAAAGAUGACACAGUCAUCAUCUACAACAGAGUGCCCAAGACUGCGAGCACAUCAUUCACCAACAUAGCCUACGACCUGUGUGGGAAAAAUGGCUUUCACGUCCUUCACAUAAAUACAACCAAAAACAACCCAGUCUUGUCUUUGCAGGACCAGGUGCGGUUUGUCAAGAAUGUCACCUCAUGGCGGACGAUGAAGCCUGGCUUUUACCACGGCCAUGUAGCUUAUCUGGACUUUUCCAAAUACGGGAUAAAAGGUAAACCGUUGUACGUAAAUGUCGUGCGAGAGCCAAUCGAGCGGCUUGUGUCCUACUACUACUUCCUGCGUUAUGGGGAUGAUUACAGACCGGGCCUUCGUCGAAGAAAACAAGGGGACAAAAAGACCUUUGAUGAGUGCGUGUCAUCAGGAGGAGCUGACUGUGCUCCGGAGAAACUCUGGCUGCAGAUCCCGUUCUUCUGUGGACACCACGCAGAGUGUUGGAAGGCAGGCAGUCAGUGGGCCCUGGAGCAGGCAAAGUACAAUCUCGUGCACGAGUAUCUACUGGUCGGAGUGACCGAGGAACUAGAAGAUUUUAUCAGGAUCCUAGAAGCAGCGCUGCCAGAGUUCUUUAAAGGAGCUACGCAGCUCUACAGGACAGGCUGUGUCAACAUCCAUUGGCUCCUUCCUGGCAUGAUGUCAGAAUAGACAUCGUUGACAGAGUGAGUGUGGCUGCUGGGGACAGGAAGCAGAAGGCAGGAAGUAAAGACCCCCAACCCUCGUUUGAUAUUUCGGCAUUGCUAAAGGUACACUUGACCAUUGUGCCAAAAUGGAAUGUUCAACUCAUCAAUUAGAAUGCAAAGGAAAGAGGUGAUGAUCAAUACUAAUUAAAUGCCGGAUAGUUUUACUUUUCAUUUUUUUGGCCACCAGAUGGCGCCGUCGUGUCGCUCACAGUGUUCAGAGCGCUUCACCAGCAAGUACGGAACCUGAAAACGGUUCUUCAAGCCUCAUUAAUGCACUUGUGCAAAGCCAAAUGGAACUAAGCUAAUGGCUCAUUACCGUUAGCAAUACAAAUGACACCAUCAGGCAAAUUUAAGCUCGGGAGGCGUAAUGAUACAGCUAUAAAUGCAUUCACUUUUUCAUACGUAUAUUUGCAUAACAUCAGCCUACUGGGUGAUGGGGUUAAACGCAGAGGACACGUGAUUGUGUUCAUAUGUUCAUUUAUAUGUGUUUAAUGUCAAUUCGUUGAAUUAAUUACUUUAAAUAACUUUCACUCAGGUCACAUACAUCAUAGCAGGGUCUCACCCAUAACUAUUCAUUUCUCUGGAUGGUUACGGUAGAUGAUUCUCAUUUACACUUCCAUACGUGUAUUCUGUCUUGCUCCUGCUAACCUUUAUUCCUCUCUGCUCCAAGGUUAACUUCCAUCAUCAUCAAGAUCCACGGAGCCCUCCUGCCUGACCUCGUAUGUUGACCCGGUCCAUCACUACAGCAGGGAGAAGUGUAGCUAAGUAGCGUAGGAUUCAGAAAUGCCAAAAACUAAUCGGGGAACAAUGUUGCUAUCAGAGUUCCUAUAUUUCCGAUAUAUAGUUCCGAGGAUAUUUGAGGUGUGCUCAGGUCAGGUCAGUGAAGAGGUGAAGGUGAAAGACAACAGGACGGCCAUCCGUAAGAUGAGGGCAGCAAAAAAAAAAAAAAAAAAAGAGUUGAGAUGAGUCAGGGAGAUGAAGCAAGGAGACAGGCUAGCGGAGAUAAGGCGAUGGUGAAAUGCUUAUGAUGAAAGGUUGGACAGUAAGGACGGGGGAGACAGUUUGCUAUUGGUUAGCUCAGUGGUUCGCAAUUUUUUUUUUUUUUUCGUCAUUCUUGGGGACAUAAAGUCCACUGGAAGGUGCCAACCGCCCUAACCGGGAUUCGAGAUAUUGCCUCUGGGCCAAAAGCGCCAAAAU